UUUUUUUGCAACGCGUCUGAAUUGUGACUGAAUUUGUGUUUAUAUUAUUGUGAAUUUUUUUUCAAAUUUUAAAUGGAUCUACAUCGAUUGUUAAGAUCACUGGCCCUGCUUACAUUUGUAUUAACAACAUACUUUAGUACAGUAUUAUCCAGACAUUAUUUUAUAAACAAUAUAACAGAUGAGAAUCUUAUUGAAGCGAAUCGAUUUAAAUCGCUACAUUUAAGAUUCAAAAGACAACAAGGUGCAGGAUUAUACUUACCAGAUAGCUAUGUAACUGACACGGGUAGAGAUGAGCGCGAAGAAGGGCCAUGGGGGCCAUGGAGUGGACCUAGUGAAUGUUCUCGAACAUGUGGUGGUGGGGUAUCAACACAACGACGUGAAUGUACACCUGGAUAUCGGUGUACGGGACCAAGUAAAAAACAUUUUUCAUGUAAUACACAAGAUUGUCCAGAUGACGCAGAUUUUCGGGAACAACAAUGUGCAAAAUUUAAUUCAGUACCUUUUGAAGGAGUAACAUAUGAUUGGAUACCAUAUACGAAGGCGCCGAACAAGUGUGAACUAAAUUGUAUGCCUCGCGGUGAACGUUUUUACUACAGACACAGUAUGCAAGUCAUUGACGGGACCCGAUGUGAUGAUGCUUCACUCAAUGUCUGCGUUGAGGGUCAAUGUCAGCCAGUUGGAUGUGACAUGAUGUUAGGUUCACCAGCUCGAGAAGACAAAUGUAGGCAAUGUGUGGGAGAUGGAUCAUCUUGUAACACCGUAACAGGACUCUUAGAUUCUCAAGACUUACAGGCUGGUUACAAUGAUAUUUUGCUAAUACCAGCAGGAGCAACAAAUAUUCAUGUAUAUGAAGUACGACCAUCAAACAAUUAUUUAGCAAUUCGAAAUGCAACCGGUCAUUAUUAUUUAAAUGGUAAUUGGCGCAUAGAUUUUCCAAAAACCAUGCGAUUUGCUGGUACCUUAUUUUUAUAUGAACGAAAUUCACAUGGUUUCCCAGCACCAGAUAUUAUAUCAUGUGUAGGGCCCACCACCGAAGCGCUUUACAUAGUUCUAUUACUAUCAGAUGUGAACGUUGGAGUCAAAUAUGAAUAUAGCAUUCCAAAGGAUAUUUCAAGUAGUCCAAUUUCUGAUACGUACAAUUGGAUCUUCGAUUCAUAUUCUGAUUGCAGUGCCUCGUGCGGGGGAGGUACUCAAUCACGACGAGUUUACUGUGUAUCACGUCAAUCAUUAAAACCAGUCGAUGAUAAACUAUGUGAUGCUGGGAGUCGUUAUCCAGAAACUCAAGCAUGUAAUACCGAAGCAUGCCCAGCAACAUGGCGCGAAGGGCCAUGGUCAAAUUGUACAGAAAUUUGUGGAUCAGCAGGUACACAAACUCGAGAAGUUGUAUGUGAACGAGUUAUAGCCGAUGGUAUAGCAAGUGUGGUUGAUGACAAACAGUGCUCAGAGCUUGGAUUAAAACCGAAAACGGCACAAGAAUGUAAUCGAGAAGUAGAAUGUCCUAAAUGGCAUAUUGCACCAUGGAAGGCGUGCGAUCAAUUAUGUGGCAAAGGAAAAGAAACGCGAGCAGUAACCUGCUAUAGAAAAUUAGAAAAUGGACGUAUUGAAAUAUUGGAAGAUUCAGCUUGUGAAUCAACUGAAGCUGGUAAAAAACCUGAAUCUGAAAAAGAAUGUGAACUAAAACCAUGUAAAGGUUUAGAUUGGAUAACAAGUGAAUGGUCAAAUUGUGAUUCAAAAUGUGGACCAGCUCAACAAACACGCAGAGCAUAUUGUGCAACUAAUGACGGCGAAGUUUACCCAGAUGAUUUAUGUACGAAUCCAAAACCAGAACUUGUUCAAGACUGCCCGACGGAACCAACUUGUGAUGAAUUUUUAUGGUUCAGUUCUGACUGGAGUGAGUGUUCAGCAAAAUGUGGUCAAGGUAAACAAACGAGAAUUGUAUUUUGUGGAUCCAAAGAUGAAGAUACAGUAAAACAAGUUGAAGCUGACAAAUGUGAUCAAACCAAAAAGUUGGAAACUGUUAAAAAUUGUACCGCAGAAGUAGAUAAAUGUACGGGUGAAUGGUUUGCUGGACCAUGGUCAACGUGUUCUAAAGAAUGUGGAGGAGGGUUACGAGAACGUAAAGUUUUAUGCAAAUCAGAAAACAAGACUGUACAUGUAAAGGAAUGUAAUUCUGUGGAAAUUUUAUACUCCACCGAAAGUUGUAAUACACAAAGCUGUGAUGAAGAUGAAAUAAUAUCAGUGGAUGUUACAAAAUCGAUUGCGUCUACGACAGAACCUCAACCGGAUGAAUACGAAGUAGAUAUUAAUGAGGAAUGUGAUGAAGGCUAUGAAAGUGAUGAAGACGAGAGUUCUGAAGAAUCUGAAGAUGAUGACUACAUUAUCACAGUUACUAGUCCAGUUAUUGAAUCAAGUAGUGAAACACCAUUCGAUACUUUAUCAUCAUUGGCUUCCGAACAAAUGUUCAGUGACGCUGCAUAUUCUUCCAGUGUAGAUGAUGAGGAAACUAGUACUGAAACGAAUAUAAGUGAUUAUGAUUUCAGUGACUAUGAAGGAUCUGGUGAAGAAACAACUGAAAGUUUAGAUAAAACAUCUGAAAUUGAAUCAUCCACAUUAGAAUCUGAAUUAACGAGUGAAAAGUCUUCAGAAAGCUCAUCAGAAUCAUCAAUUUCUAGUGAAAGUAGUUCACUAUCCGGCAGUGAAGUCUCAACCGAAAGUGUGAGUGAAAAAUCAUCUGAAAGUUCCGAGUCAUCAGCGAUCACCCCCUUAGACAGUUCAACACUAGCAGUAAGUGAAAUUUCAUCUGAAUCAGCCAGUGAAAGUUCAUCUUUGUCAAUCAGUGAAUCAUCAUCAGAAACCGUUAGUGAAAGUUCGUCAGAAUCUGUUAGUGAGAGCUCGUCAGAGUCUGUUAGCAAGAGUUCACCAGAGUCUAGUAGUGAAAGUGCAUCAGAAUCUGUUAGUGAAAGUUCAUCAGAAUCGGCUAGUGAAAGUUCAUCCGAAGCUAUGAGUGAAAGUUCCUCACUCAGUAGUGAAAGUACAUCGGAAUCAAGUAGUGAAAGCUCAACGGAAACUUCCGUUACAGAAAGUACGUCUGACAUUACUACGGAUAGUUCGUCCAGUGAUUCUUCAAGUCCGUCAUCAAUCGACAGUUCAGAUUUGACUACAACUAGUGACAUAUCAUCCACGUCUGAUUCAAUUUCCAGUACUACUGAUUCGAGUAUUGAUAUUUCAACUGAAACUAAAAUUCCCGGUGCUGAUGCUGAAUUAGAUCCAGAAGAUAUAGCUGAAAUUCUAGAAAAAUACAAAAAAGGUUUAACAACUGAAUCAUCAAGUGAUGGAACAGGUUCUACAGAAACAUCAAUUACAUCAGAAAGUGAAAGCUCUUCGCCUUCAUCAGAAACAACAGAUAGUUCUCUAUCGACAGAUAGUUCCAUUUCUUCAGAAAGUUCUGUGCCAUCGGAAAGCUCAGUUUCAUCUGAAAGUUCAACAUUGGAAGUAUCCAGUAUCUCGGCAGAAACUUCAUCAGAACAAUCCAGUUCUGUGGAAAGUUCCUCUGAAGUUUCAACAGAAAGUUCGCCAAUGGAAACAUCUACCUUGUUAGAAAGUUCUAGCGUUUCUUCAAUUAGUAGUGAAAUUUCAUCCGAAACAACUGAAAGCACAUCAGAAAGUUCUUCCUUGAGUAGUGAAUCUAGUUCGGAAACCGUUUCUUCGGAAUCAGUACCAACUAGCAGCGAAUUUACAUCAGAAUCAAGUUCGGAAUCUAGUGAAAUUACAUCUGAAACCGUAUCACAAUCAUGGGAAUCGACAAUAUUAUCAAUUACCAAAAAACUUACUAAAAUUUGCCGUAAAAAGAAAUCACCUUGCAAAAAUACUAAAUUUGGGUGCUGUUCAGAUAAAGAGACACCGGCAGCAGGACCAUUCCAAGCUGGAUGUCCAACACCUAAAACAUGUAACGAAACGAAACAUGGUUGUUGUCCAGAUGGUGUUUCUGUUGCUAAAGGAUCUAAAAAUAAGGGAUGUCCAAAAAUUAAAUGUGCCGAAACAUUAUUUGGUUGUUGUCCUGAUAAUGUCACUGCUGCUGAAGGCAAUGAUAACGAAGGCUGUAAGAAAGAACCACCUCCACCAGAAUGCGCUAGUUCAAAAUUCGGUUGUUGUUCUGACAAUGUCACAAAAGCUUCCGGACCUGACGAAGAAGGCUGUCCAACGAACUGUUCUACAAGUGAAUUUGGUUGUUGCCCAGAUGGAAUACAAGCAGCUAUUGGUGAAAAUCAAGAAGGUUGCUAUGAAGAAGGUAGUUCUACCACUGAGUCUGGUGUGUCAGAAACUCCAUGUGAUGCUACACCAUUUGGAUGUUGUCCUGACGGUGGAAGUGCUGCUACAGGUGAAAACUAUGAUGGUUGUGGAAUCAUUAAUCAUGAAAAUUGUACAAUAUCUUAUUACGGAUGUUGUCCAGAUAACAAAACCGCAGCGUUGGGAGUUAAAAUGGAAGGGUGUAAAGUUGCAUGCGAUGAUUCACCAUUUGGUUGCUGUCCAGAUCUCGUUAAUCCAGCUCAUGGUCAUAAUCAAGAAGGCUGUUGCCUUAGCUCUCCGUUCGGAUGUUGCCCAGACAACACAUCUCCAGCUCGUGGACCAAACCAAGAGGGAUGCGAUUGCGAAUACAGUCGAUUUGGUUGCUGUCCUGACAAUACUACAGCUGCUAUUGGGCCAAAUAACGAAGGAUGUGGUUGUGAACAAACACGAUUUGGAUGUUGCCCUGAUACAUUUACUGAAGCAACUGGUCCCAACUUUGAAGGGUGUCCUUGUCAUAGUUUCCAAUUUGGUUGCUGCGAUGAUGGUGUUACAGUUGCCAGUGGACCCAGAAAACAAGGUUGUGGAUGCCUUACUACAGAAUUUAAAUGCUGUCCCGAUGAAAAAACACCAGCAAGUGGUCCAAACUUUGAAGGAUGUGAUUGUACAGCAUCUAAAUUUGGUUGUUGUCCAGAUGGUGUAACAAAUGCUGAAGGUGACAACUUUGAGGGUUGUACGGAUGUGCCAGUCAAUCGACAAGAAGCUUGUAAAUUGAGCAAAGAUCGUGGAAAUGGACGCAAUUAUACAGUGAAAUGGUAUUAUGAUAUGGAAUAUGGUGGUUGUUCAAGAUUUUGGUACGGUGGUGAAGAUGGUAACGAUAAUCGAUUUGUAUCACAAGAAGAAUGUCGAAGUGUUUGUGUCGAGCCACAAGGAAAAGAUGUAUGUAACUUACCAAAAGUAGCUGGUGCAUGCGAAGGAUAUUAUCCUACUUGGUACUAUGACAAAGAACGAAAACAAUGUACACAAUUUAUUUAUGGUGGAUGCCUGGGUAAUAAUAAUCGAUUCAAAACACGUGAAGAAUGUUUGGAGCUGUGUGCUCCUGCUGAUAUUAAAGAUGUUUGCCAAUUACCUAAAGAAGAAGGUCCUUGUAAUGGACGUCAUGAACGAUGGUAUUACAAUGCGGAAUCCGAUAAAUGUGAUCGAUUCCUUUACGGAGGUUGUAAAGGAAAUGGUAAUAACUUUAACACUGAAGAUGCUUGUAGCCAAAAAUGUUUGAAACCUGGUGAACAAAAAGCUAAAUGUCAACUACCAAACGAACAGGGUAAUUGUACAGAAAAAUUACCUCGUUGGUACUUUAAUACUAAGGACAAUCGAUGCAUGCCAUUCUAUUAUUCUGGAUGUAGUGGAAACGAUAACAACUUUGUGGAUAGAACGUAUUGUGAAAAAGAUUGUCCACCAAAAAUACAAUUGGAUCUCUGUCAUUUACCUGCGGAAACUGGAGAAUGCUACCAAUACACACCUCGAUGGUAUUAUGAUACAAAAGAACGUAAUUGCAGACAAUUCUACUACGGAGGUUGUGGAGGUAAUGAAAAUAAUUUCCAAACACAGCAAGAAUGUGAGGGACGUUGUGAAUUCAUACCUACAGAGCCACCAGCAGUUACAACUUCUGGACCAUUCAAAACUGAAUUUUGCUUCCUGCCCAGCGUUAGUGGAUCAUGUUCAAAUCAAACUAGACGCUUUUACUACGAUAGUCGUGUUGGAGUAUGUCAGCAAUUUUUGUACACUGGUUGUGAGGGCAAUCAAAACAACUUUGAAACAAUUGAGGAAUGCCACCGAAAUUGUGCUAAUUCUCAAGAUCUUUGCACUUUACCCAAAGUGGAAGGACCAUGCGAUGCAUCAUACGAUCAAUGGUAUUAUAAUAAGGGCACAGACCAAUGUGAACCAUUUGUCUACGGUGGGUGCGCAGGAAAUACUAAUCGUUUCAAUGAUCAACAAUCAUGUGAGCAACGAUGUCAACGGCGUCGGGCUCCAGACAGCCCUAUUGAAACUACAACAAGAGGCUUAUUAUCAACUUUAAGACCUAGACCUGAACCACAACCACAAAUAAAUAGGACAGUAGAAGCAUUAUGCUAUUCUAGAGCUGAUCCAGGUCAAUGUUCGGAUAAUAUUUCAGCGUGGUUCUAUAAUCCAUCAGCCCAAAGGUGUGACCAGUUUGUAUAUACAGGAUGUGGUGGAAAUGAAAAUCGAUAUGAAAGCGAAGAAGCUUGUGAACGAAGUUGUGGACGCUUUAGAGGUCAAGAUGUAUGUAGAUAUCCUAAAGAUACAGGAACUUGUAGAGCUCUGAUACCUAAAUAUUAUUUCGAUUAUGCCACGAGUUCUUGCCAACAAUUUAACUAUGGUGGAUGUGGAGGGAAUGGUAACCGAUUUAGCAGUCUCGCUGAAUGUGAAUCAAUAUGCAGCGCUCCAAAACAAGAAGUUCGUCCUCCAGUCACACAAGGGCCAGCACUUAGCCGCGAAGUCCUAUGUACGAUGCCACUGGCCCAAGGAAAUUGUGGAGGAGGCUAUAAACGUUGGUUCUAUGAUGAUGAACGUGGCAAUUGUAUUCCAUUCAUUUAUACUGGCUGUUCUGGCAACGAAAAUAGAUUUAGAAGUUUUGAAGAUUGUAUAAAUUAUUGUGUAAACUUCACGCAAGUGAAUGCACCAACACAGGUUUUAACAACCGAAUCACCAUGCAGAGCUCAAACAGCACAUUGUGAGUCAUUAAAAUGUCCUUAUGGUGUUGAACGGCGUAUCGAUGAAAUUGGAUGCGAAGAAUGUUUAUGUUACGACCCUUGCCGUGAACAAGUUUGUCCAUCGGGUAGUCGAUGCGUUGUAGACUUAAAAUACGAAAAUCGAACAACAAUACCAAUGCCACAAUGUCGAUUGGAAAGCAAACCAGGACAGUGUCCUUUAUUAUCUGCUCGAUCAUCAAUAGCAUGCGAACAAGAAUGUUAUACAGAUGCUGAUUGCCGUGAUGAGGAUAAAUGUUGUGCAAAUGAUUGUGGAUCGGCGUGUGUUAGCCCGACUGCCCCAGAAUUUGCAAUAUCAACUGAAGCUCAACCAGCAUACACUGAACCACCAGUAUUAAGCGGCGUUCAAGCUCCAACAUUUGAGGAAACGGAACCACAACUUGAAGCAGAAGAAGGAUAUUAUGUAACAAUACGUUGUGUUGCUCAUGGAUUCCCUAUACCACGAAUCACUUGGAGAAAAGGUGCUUUUGUAUUUGACAGACCAAUGGCUCGUAUACGACUUUUGCCUGAUGGCUCUCUACAAAUUGUUAAUGUACUUCGAUCGGAUGCUGGUGUUUAUAUUUGUGUAGCUAAUAAUGGCGUAGGACAUCCAUUACAAAAAGAAUUCGAAUUGCGAGUAAUCGCUCCAACCCAACCACGACCAGCUAGAAUCUUUGGUGAUGAAGGUACACAACCUGUAGCAAACUUAGGCUCUCCUUAUACUCUAUACUGUUAUGCAAUGGGUUGGCCAACACCGCAUGUACAAUGGUGGCAUGGUGAUCGAAUCCUUCCAUUAGAUAGAAGUCCUUAUGAACAAUCCCGAUAUUUCUCAUUAACAAUUAAUCCUGUUGAAUUACAUAACCUUGGUACCUAUACCUGCCAUGCUUAUAAUGGUUUUGAUAGAGCAUCAUCGUGGGAUACGACAUUAUUUGCUUUGGGUCCAGUUUAUUCUAAUAAUCCUAACGAUAUUAACUUCUUCCAAUAUAUUAAAAAUCCUCCAGACACUACUAACCAAAAUGAAACCACUGCUAUUCCUACACAAUCCACAAUUGAGCCAACCACUAAUGCUACGAAACCUCCACGAAGAGUGUAUAAAGUACCAGUACGAACGAACAUUACAUUAACGAAGAUAACGUACGCUGUUGGUGAAGAAAUUUCGAUACCAUGCAACGUUGACGGUUAUCCGAUCCCACGUGUACAAUGGUUUAAAGAUAAUCGACGAAUCGAACCAUCAACUCGAUUUAACAUUACUGAGGGAAAUCGAUUAAUGAUAAUUGAUGCAAAAGUGAGUGACUCGGGUGAAUAUCGGUGUGAAGCCGAAAAUCAAUAUAGUAGAAAUUCUAGUUCUGUUGACAUUCGAGUACAAGGUAUAUAUGUACCACCAGGUUGUAAGGAUAAUCCAUUCUUAGCAAACUGUACAUUAAUUGUAAAAGCAAAUUAUUGUAGUCAUAAAUAUUAUCAACGUUUCUGUUGUGAAUCUUGUGUCUUAGCUGGACAAUUAUGGUUACCACCAAAAGAAGCCACGGCCAGUAAACGUGACGAUAUUACGAAUAUCAUCUAGUAUGAAUGUUUUCAACUCAUUUUGUACACCACACCACUGCCUAGUCGAUAAAAAAUUUUCAUUUAUUAUGAUGAAUUGUUACUUAAUAUAAAAAGAGAGAGUAUUUUGAGAACACUGAAAUCAAAAUUUUUUUAAUUUUAUUCUAAUCGAAUCAAUGAAGUUU